AUGGUAACGGCUAUUGGUCAACAGAAGAGAAGAGAGGGGGGCUGGAAUCUAGCAGGGGUCGAGGUCUGCUGGACAUCGAGGGGCUGCUGGGGUCCUUCUGCAGGACCAGAAGCAGCGAGUGGAAAAAGAGACGCUGUGACUGGAGCUGAGGCCAGCAUGGACGAGGGAGAGUUUCUGGGCAUUCUUCAGAAGGUGUGGAUCAAGCUGCAGGGGCUCCCAAACGCAAGCUCUGUGGAGCUGGGGGCCUUCUGUGUCCUCGUCCUCUUCGCAGCCACCUUUCUGUUCAUGGUGGUGCUGACCUGCGUCCAGUGCUGCUCCUGCGGGAAACCCAAAUACCAGGCCUCCAGAGUCCAGCCUCUGCAGUCUUUAUUCUCGUCAGGGUCACUGCUUUGUUUGGACGGAUCCGGCGAGACGCCAUCAAAGGGACCUGAUCUGAAGGAUGGGGGGUCAGGGACGUUUCCAGCACUGGGGGGGGACGUCUGCAUCAGCACCCAGAGGCCACGCCACUGGAAUCCACACGAAACGGCAGAGAGGCACGGCUCCUCAAGACUCAUUAUGAAGCAGAACAAUGGAGGGCUGUGCGGCGGGUUCGUGGAAGAAGAGAGCGUGCACGAGCUGCUCUGGGCUCUGCUGUGA